CCAAAAUCCCAUCCAGGACACCACCUUAUCUUUGAUCAUCAUGUCUCCUUAGAUUCCUUUUGACUAUGGCAGUUUCUCAGGCUUUCCUUGUUUUUGAUGACCUUGAGAGUUGUGAAGCAAUCAGGUAUUUGAAGAGUCUCUAAGGAGAAUAGUCGCCAUAUUCAUGGCAGGGAUUUUGCCAUUAAUAGUUCAGAGGCCUCCAGGCAGACUGAAAACUCUUAUUACAAAAGGUAUGGAGCCUGUCAUACGUAUGGAUUGGAUUCGUCACAAAUUUACCAGGUCAAGAAUUCCAGAUAAAGUAUUUCAGCCUUCACCUGCAGAUCAUGAGAAAUACGGUGGGGAUCCACAGCACCCUCAUAAACUGCAUAUUGUUACCAGAAUAAAGAGUACAAAAAGACGUCCAUAUUGGGAAAAGGACAUAAUAAAGAUGCUUGGAUUAGAAAAAGCACACACUCCUCAAGUUCACAAGAAUAUCCCUUCAGUGAAUGCAAAAUUGAAAGUGGUUAAACAUUUGAUAAGAAUCCAGCCUCUGAAAUUGCCACAAGGACUUCCAGCAGAGGAGGACAUGUCUAACACGUGCCUCAAGAGCACUGGGGAAUUAGUAGUGAAGUGGCAUCUAAGCCCUGUAGAACAGGAAGCAGUUAAGUCCUAAUGCCAGGGCAGUCCACGUUAAAAAAGGCAAAUCAUUUUUAUUUAAAGAUGGUGAGAAAGUUCUCAUUAAAUGUACUUCAAACAUUAAUUAUUUUCACUGA